CUUUGAGCGACGACGUUUGUUACGAAGUACGGGACAAAAUAAAUGCAUCCACAGUAGAACCGACUAAAUACUCGAACAUAACUUGACCGUGGCCAUGCCUGUGGCCCUAUCCCCUAUCCUGAGGACGGCCAUCUGGGCUGUGGUCGCCCCCUUUGGGUUUUACUGCAGCCUCCUCGCCCUGGGCUCGAUUCCUUUCUUUCAGCGACAUCUCCUCUAUCUCCACCGUGUCAACGGACUGUGGUUGCGAGAUAUCAAUGAGCCGGAGUUAUUCGGCUUCGCUAAGGGACAAGUGACUCCCUUCUUCCUGACGACGCCCGAUAACGAGAGCAUCUACUCGUGGCAUAUCACCCCGCUGCCGCUGUAUCUCCAAAAUGAAGAGGCGCUCGCAUCGCAGGAGCCAGGCGUCGCACCAGACAUCACAGCAACCGAGUCGUUUCGGGUUCUGAAGGGUGAUCCAAAGGCACGAAUUGUCAUCUAUCUCCACGGUAAUGCAGGGGAUAUCGCCCAAGCCCAUCGUCCAGACAGUUACCACGUACUUACCGACGCCUCGCCCUACCACGUCAUCGCCCUCGACUACCGCGGCUUCGGCUACUCGACCGGCACCCCCUCCGAACCGGGCCUCAUCCAGGACGCCGCCACCCUGAUCGACUGGGUCAUCAACGUAGCCGGCAUACCGCCAGACCGCAUCGUCCUGCUCGGCCAGAGCCUCGGCACCGCCGUCGCCAGCGGGGUCGCCGAGCGCUACGCCGCCGAGGGCGUCGAGUUCGGCGGCAUCGUCCUCGUCGCCGGCUUCAGCAGCCUGCCCACGAUGCUGGGCGGCUACCGCAUGGGCGGCGUCAUACCCGUCCUGGGACCGCUCAGGGCCUGGCCGUCCCUCCUGCGCGUGGCCGAGGGGGUCAUCUGGGAAAAGUGGCCCUCGGCCCAGCGGCUGGAGCGCCUCGUCCGCCUGACGAAGACGCGGCUGAGAUUGUCUCUCGUGGCGGCCAAGGACGAUGCGGAUAUCCCCUGGGUGGAGAGCGAUAAGCUUUUCCGCGCGGCGGCCAAUGCUACCGUUGACGGUGGGUUGGAGGAAGAGUCUUUUGCUGCGUGGAAAGAAGAGAGGACGAUCCGGAACCGGGAUGACGCUUUUGUCACGACCCUGACGGCGGAACCGAAUAUUGUCAUCCGGCAGGAGCUGUUUCCCUACGGUGGACAUAACGCAAUAAUGGGUCAUGCCCCCGUGGCACUCGCUGUCAUGAGAUGUUUUGAUCUCGGGGGAACAGUGUAUACCGAGAAGACGUCGAAAUAGACCUGGAGCAGUGGAGGAUACAGCAGUGGAGAAUCGUGAUGAAGUUGCGGCGCCUUACAAGCAAAAGGAGGUCCCGAUUUGUAUCCUAAGCGCACUGCAUUCUACUCCUUUAGAUCCUCAAUACUUCGCAAUGAUAUGAUUGAUACUAUCAAAGGACAUAGCAUUAAUGAGGUAAACACCACGUCGAGGG